AUGGAACAGAUUCUGGAGUUAGACAAGGAUCUCAACAUUGACAUCUUUGACGAGGUUGUGAUGAAUGCAAACUGCCCAGAUAACAGAAAGAAGGAGGAGGCCGAGAAGGUACUACUGAAAUUCAAGGAACUUCCAAACUCAUGGACGAAGGUGGAUUACAUCUUAAACAACAGUAAACACCAGGAAAGUCAUUAUGUGGCGUUACAGCUUCUAGAAGGAAUGGUAAAGACAAAGUGGUCGUUAUUUGAUGAGGGGAUGAAGCAGGGCCUCAGAAUGUAUGUAUUCCAGCUGGUGGUUGAGAAGUCUAAGACCAAAAGCAAGGAAAACUAUGUUUUGCAAGAGCUGAACACCAUUCUUAUCGAGAUUGCAAAGAAAGAUUGGCCCCGACGAUGGCCUACCUUUAUAACAGAUCUUAUCAAUGUGUCUCAAGGAAUAAGUAUGGAAGUAUGCAGAAAUAGCCUUAAUAUUCUCAAACGUCUCAAUGAGGAAGUCUUUAUAUUUUCUGAGGACAGUAUUACAACUGUCAGAAAGAGAGUCCUAAGAAAUCAGCUAAAGAUUGAGUUCCCGCAAAUAUUUGGGUUUAUAAAGACAAUUCUUGAGUACUCUCGGAAUUCCGAGAUGGACGAGAGUCUCCUUGAAACAACACUUGAAUCAUUCCAGUGUUUCUGUGAGUCCAUGCCUCUUAACUUUAUCUUUCUCACAGAGAUAAUCGACUUGGUUCUGGAACACUUAAAUUCCAUGCACAGCGUUGCAUGUCUGAGUUGCUUGAUUGAAAUUGUCGACCUAGGAAGGAACAGAAGCCUUUCUAGGACUCAUGACAUAGAAAGUGCAGAAAAGGAAAAGAUUCUUAUUAUUCAUAAGAGAUGCAUUGAGUUUCUCAAAAUGUAUUUUAAUAAGUUCCAGGAGGAGAGGAUUUAUGAAGUGUACGGAGGUAUGGACAAGUCAGAGAAAGUUUUUGUCCUUAAAUUUGCCCAACUCUUGUCGUCUUUCUAUGAAGUCUACAUAGACUUACUAGAAGCCAAGGAUAUUGUAAAUGCAAAGGCAGGGCUUGGCUAUCUUAUACAAAUAUCCAAGAUAAACAACACAAACAUCUUUUCGAUUGCUUUUGAGAUGUGGAAUAAGUUUGUGUUUGACUUAUACUCGGAGUUUCCAUUUACUAGCCAGGAUUCCUCGAAGAGAUUGAGAAGAUCUAAUUAUACCAGUAUUUUGAACCAACUAAUGGGAACUCUUGUUGACAAAAUGCCCCGGCCAGAAGAAGUGUUUAUUGUGGUUGACGAGUACAACCAGGUAAUAAGGAAAAAAAUGACUGACACAGACCAAAUAGAAUUCUACAGAAAGAUGAGAGGAUGCUUAUAUCACCUGGCUUUUCUUAUUGAGGAAGACAUGAAGAAGUAUUUUAUAAGUAAAGUUGGACUUCAGCUUGAUGAUAAAGAAUGGGACUGUAAUUAUCUAAACAAGCUGUGCUGGGCCAUCGGCUCUAUAUCUGGUGCGUUUUCGGAGGUCAACGAAAGGGAGUUUUUUGUUAACAUCCUUAAGCAUCUGCUGGCAUUGUGCGAGAUGAAGUCCUUUAAAACAGACAAGGCAGUCAUAGCUUCUAACAUCAUGUUUAUAAUUGGCCAGUAUCAUCGGUUCCUUCUUCACAACAAAAGCUUUUUGAAAACCGUGGUAAAGAAGCUUUUUGAGUUUAUGGAUGAAGACCAUGAAGGAAUUAAGGACAUGGCUUGUGAUAAUUUCUUUAAAAUAGUAGAGAAGUGCCCUGUAGAGUUUCUCACUCAAAGAGAAAAUGACGAGAUUUUCAUUGUCUACAUAUUGAAGAAUCUUUCAGUAAUCACUGGAACCUUGGAGUUUUAUCAGAAGAGAAUUGUUUAUGAGGCACUUCUUAUGGUCAUACGGGAGGUUCCCAAAACAAGGGAUUAUAAGUCUAGAGUCCUAAGCUAUGCAGAUCUCCUUCUUUCUUCUCUUCUAAACUUUAAUAUUCUAGCCGAUGAGUAUAUAAACAGACUCCCCAGCAUGAUAUCCAAUGUAGAAGAGGCCAAGAUGGUUUCACAUGUCCUAAAGUCGCAUGCACUAACUUAUAGGCUUCUUCCAGAAACAUGCUCUUCCAGUUGCAUCCAGAUAUUUCCAAAGUUCUUUGCAAUCUUUGAUAUCUGCAACUCUAUAACACUUGAAAGGAAAGAAGGAACAGCAUUUAACAAUGCCAAGGCAGUGAAAAUGGAAAUAAUCGAGCUGUUUACUACCGUAAUCGACUCCAAGUUUGUACAGGACGGCUUUGUAAAUACGGUCUGCGAGAAAAUUAUUUUUGACUAUAAGACUAACUCAGUCUACAAGGAACCUGCAAUAUUGGCUUUGGGUUCAAGCAUAGUGCGGAAUGUAGAGAAUGAUGGAUCUGUUAUAUACCUGCAAAGAGAAGCAUUUAUGAUUUCAUCUUUGAUCGAGCCAUCCAUUCCCUUUGUAAUGCAGGCAGAUGAAAAUCUGGAGAUCUCUAAAAACUAUCUUUAUCUUAUAGAGAGCAUGCUUCAGUUUUCCUUCAGCUCGUUCUUUUCAUCUCUGUUUGGGCAACCCUCUUUUCGCCAAGUAUACAAUACUCUUCUGUAUUCUCUAAUCUGUAUAAGAGAUGUCUCGGAUUUGUCUUUGAACUGUCUAACCAUCCUCUUUAAGAAGUGCUAUGAGCAGAAGAUCUUCCAGUUUUAUACGCAGAACUACAUGUCCACUCUUGAAAACAUCCUGGGAAUAAUAUUUGACAAGGAUAUGAGAUACAACUUUGAUCAGCAGUGUCUUCUCCUUUCCUUUAUGAUUCGCAUAAGCAAGGACAUCCCAAGUCUCGAUGGCAUUAACUCUAAUAUCAAUAUCCUUUCGGAAUACAUCGUCGGUCUAUUUGUAAAAUCGUUUCCAAACAUAACUCAAGAGUCUGUAAAGAUAUUUUCCGUAGGACUAUUUGAGUUAUGUGGAGACGACGAGGUCUUUAAAGAACAUGUGGAGGACUUUAGAGUCAAGGUUUAUGAGUUUGGCACAGAUGAAGAUCUUCAAGAAGAAAUUGAUCUCAAGGAUGAAAGAAUCAGAAGAUGCAGAAAUUAA